AUGAGGCGGUCUCUUGUUAGUUUUUGCAAUGAUGUAUUUAAUGAUAAGCUAUAUUGGCUCAAGUCGCAAGCAUCAACCAGGGUGCUUUGUGAUAAUAAGUUUCCUAGUAGAUUAAAAGGAAAAUUCUGCCGCGUUGCUAUUAGGCCAGCUUUGUUGUAUGGUACAGAAUGCUGGCCUGUAAAGAAGGUCUUUGAGCAGAGGAUGAAAGUAAUAGAAAUGUGUAUAUUGAGGUGGAUGUGUGGUCACACAAUGAAUAUAAUUAGAAACCAGGAGUUUAGGAAGAAGUUAGGGGUUGCACCUUUCUCUGCAAAGAUGCGAGAGAACGGGUUGAGAUGGUUCGGGCAUGUGCAGAGAAAGACUUAUGAUGCCCCAGUGAGAAGGAUUGAAUGCAUCAUAGUGGAGGGCAAGAGAAGUAGAUGGAGACCUAGGAGAACGUGGGAGGAACAAAUUAAAUGUGACUUACAUGACCUACACCUCAUUGAGGACCUGGAUUACAUUGGGUCUGAUGAUGAUGACGACUAA